GGCCGGGCCGAGCUGGCGGGGGAGUUUUGUGCAGAGCAACCUCGUGGGAGCCGUCGGGACACCGASAAGACUGGCGGGGACACCUUCGGGGCUCCGGGUUUGAACCAUCUGUCCUUUGAUCCUGCCAGCACUGAGUCCCUGCGGCUGAGCAGUGCCGCUGGCCCACGGGUUUCGGAUAGUCCAGCCGAGGAUGGAAGUGACCCCGGAAAGAGGAAGAGGACCAGCAUUCCCCCAGAUGGUGGCAGAAAUCUGAGCCUGGACUCCAUUCUGAUGGGAUUGCCAAUGUCCGACCCGACYGCCUGGGCCACCGCCAUGAAUAACCUGGGCAUGGCUCCCAUGAGCAUGACAGGACAGCCCCUCCUGCCUGAUUUUGAUCCUGCUCUUGGAAUGAUGACUGGAAUCCCUCCGAUCAACCCCAUGAUGCCAGGCUUGGGGAUCGUCCCACCUCCCAUCCCUCCAGACAUGCCUGCCGUGAAGGAGAUCAUCCACUGCAAGAGCUGCACUCUCUUCCCUCCUAACCCACAUCUUCCCCCUCCGGCCACGAGAGAGAGGCCCCCAGGGUGCAAGACAGUGUUUGUUGGAGGGCUGCCGGAAAACGGGACGGAGCAAAUCAUCAUGGAAGUGUUUGAGCARUGUGGGGAGGUCAUAGCUAUUCGUAAGAGCAAGAAGAACUUCUGCCACAUCCGCUUUGCUGAGGAGUUCAUGGUGGACAAGGCACUUUACUUGUCUGGCUACCGCAUCCGGCUGGGCUCCAGCACGGACAAGAAGGACACGGGCCGGCUGCACGUGGACUUUGCCCAGGCACGGGAUGACCUGUACGAGUGGGAGUGCAAGCAGCGCAUGCUGGCGCGCGAGGAGCGGCACCGGCGGCGCCUGGCUGAGGAGCGCUUCCGCCCAGCCUCCCCGCCCCCCGUCGUCCACUACUCCGACCACGAGUGCAGCGUGGUGGCCGAGAAGCUCAAAGAUGACACAAAGUUCUCAGAAGCCAUCCAGACCUUGCUGACAUGGAUAGAACGUGGGGAAGUGAACAGGAGAACUGCCAACAACUUCUACUCCAUGAUCCAGUCGGCCAACAGCCACAUCCGCAGGCUCAUCAACGAGAAGGCGGCUCACGAGAAGGAGAUGGAAGAAGCUAAAGAGAAGUUCAAGCUGGCUCUCUCAGGGAUCCUGGUGCAGUUCGAGCAGAUAGUGGCCGUGUACCAUUCUGCCUCCAAACAAAAGGCUUGGGACCAUUUCACGAAAGCUCAGCGUAAGAACAUCAGCGUGUGGUGCAAACAAGCAGAGGAAAUCCGUAACAUCCACAAUGAUGAACUGAUGGGUAUUCGGAGAGAGGAGGAGAUGGAAAUGUCUGAUGAAGAAAUAGAAGAUCCAUCAGAGAUGAAAGAAACGGAAGAGUCAGUGCUGGUGUCGCAGGUGGAGGCACUGAAGGAGGAGAACGACAGCCUGCGCUGGCAGCUGGACGCGUAUCGCAAUGAGGUGGAGCUGCUCAAGCAGGAGCAGGGCAAGGCCACCAGGGACGAGGACACCACCAAGGAGCAGCAGAUGAAGCUCCUCCAACAGGCUCUGCAGGGCAUGCAGAAGCACCUUUUGAAAGUCCAAGAGGAAUACAAAAAGAGAGAAGCUGAGUUGGAAAAAGUGAAAGAAGACAAAUUGAAAAUAGAAACAUUACUGGAAAAUCUGAAGGAGCAGCAGACCAUGGCAGAUGAAGAGAACAAGGAGGGAGAUGCAGCUGAUUGCCAAGGGAGUGAGAGCAGCACGUCCAGAGUUUGUGCCUGCAGCCAGGAGAAGGAAUGUCCAAUGGAGAAGAUGUUGAGCAACUGCCCUGUGAAAUCUGAACGAGAAGUUCUCUUGGUUGGGAUAAUCUCAACGUUUCUCCACGUGCAUCCAUUUGGAGCCAGCAUUGAGUACAUCUGCUCCUACCUGCAGCGUCUGGACAGCAAGAUCUGCACAGCAGAGGUGGAAGUUCUCAUGACGCGACUCCAGAACACAUUCCGGCAGGAGCUGAGYGGGGUCGGGGCCAGCCUGGAGAAGAGAUGGAAGUUUUGUGGCUUUGAUGGGUUGAAAAUGACUUGAGCUUUGACUUAAUGCUGGAAACAGUGGGAUAUGGAUGCUGGGAAAACCUGGGAUGCUCUUCCCUCUGUUCCUGAGGUACCACGGCAUUGGGAUGCAAAGUAUAAGUGAAGCCAAGUCCAGAGCGGCACUGGAAGAACCUUCAAGUUCUGCAGCUCCUUUGAUCAGUUAUUUGUUAAUGGGCAAGUUCUGUUCAAUAUAUUUGGGGAAAAAAGCUCCUGCCUGACCCUUUGAAGCACAGCGUGUCGACUCCAUGUUCUGCCAGUGUUGUAUGUGCUUGUGUGCCCAAAUUCCUCCUCCUCAACCUUCCUUCUGGUAGGAACAGCCAUAGACUGUCCUGAAGCAACCUCARAAAGGCAUCUUAUGGUUUCCAGAUCACCAAAAGGGGGAAAAAUGCGCAUUUUUUUUGAUAUUUCUAUGAGUAAAAACCAAGUUAUGUUUAAGAAGAUUUAGAUGGCUCAGGAGCCUCUGAGCCCAGGAAUUGGUUCUUUUUUGUGCUAUUUUCUCUAUUAGUAGUUAAGCAGAGGUGGGGUCAGAGGGGGAUUCUGGCAGUGCCCCUCGUGCUCUGGGUAAGUAGUUACAGAAUCUUUUACAUAGCAAGGGUGUUUAAUUUUCUGGGGGUGUGGGUGCAGCAGAGCUAUAUCGGCCUGGAUUUUGGUGAUUUUUUUUACCACCCAGUUCCUCCACCUGCUUUGCUUUGGACACUAAGCUCAAGCAGCACAGAGUCCUCUGCUCCUGAACGUUCCCAGCACUGUUCCUCAUGUUCCCCAUGCAUCCCCAGCUCUGCAGAGGUGCAGGGUAGCGCAGCUCAGCCCAUUGAUCCAGCCAGCCCAGAAUCCCUCGUGGAUCCUGCUGUCCCCCAGCAGACCCUUAUUCCUGCCCAGCAGGGUCAGCUGCAGAGUUGCAGCCACCCUGUGCAGGAUUCCCCUUCUCCCAGACAGCGCCUGUGUUCCCAGAAUGGAGCUGUCACAGUUUUGCAGCUGCACUCUUCCAGCCCCUCCUGUUUGUUCUCCACACCCCAGGCAUUGGUGCCCCUCACUUGGGCUAUUGAUCCCGCCUCAUUUUUGGGGGAGAAGUCCCAAUUCCUGCAUUUCUGUUCUCAGGCAUUUCCCUCAUUCGUGACACAUCCCCAGCCCUUGUAUCGUUCUGCCAGGUGGUUCUCCRUGGUGCCAUGGCUGAGGUGGUGCCUGGGGGAUACAGGAACAUUUCUGGUGUGUUCCAUGUACCUGGCACAGACACCUGGUGUUGUGUGAACCAGUCCCAUAUCCAAAACACCAAAAUUCUGGUGAUACCAGGCUUGGAGGCAGCUAUUGACCUGCUGGCUCUGCCUGUUUCUCCCCGACCAUUCCCUGCAGCUGGAAGGGUGGAGGAGCACACUCCCUGUGCUCCWGCUCCCUUCACCAGUCAUCCCAAGGCCCUGAGGUCUCUCUGGAUCACUUGGAUUUCUUCGUGCAGCCUCGAGGAACCAUCCUCCUCCUUGUUGCUCCCACUGGCAAGAGCCUGGCAUCAGUUGUCUGUGGGCAUUGGGGAAACCGGGGCGGUCACAGGAGACCUGGCACCUGCAGUGCCAGGUGGGAAUGUGGCACCUGUGUCCUGUCCCUGCAGGUCAGCCAAGUGGGGAGAGGGCAGGGUGGUGUGUUCUCAGYGAGACCUCUCMUUGGGAAAAUCAGGGAGGAAAAGCCAGAAAUGAGGAGWGUUCCAGAGGCCCAAGAGCAGCCGUGGCUGGAGCACUCUGGAGGCAGGGAAGAGUGGGAUGAGUGGGGACAGGGGAUGGGCUUCCCAGCGUGGGAGCUCCCGCAGCACAAGGACUUGCUGGGUCCCAGCCUCUGGUGGCUGUGGGAUGGGAACUGGGAUGGGACUGGGGCUCCUCCUGGGGGACUGAGGGGGCUGGGGCUGUUGGAGACAGUGGGCAGGUUGUUCUGUGGGGCAGCAGGAGGGRGAGCAGCCAGGAGCUGCGGGGUGAAGGCUGGUGCUGUGAAAGGGASUCAGGGCUGGGGCACACUGGGAUCCUUCUGCUUCCCCUCAUUCGGCCUUCCCUUCCAGGGCCUUUAUAAMGGGGCUGAUGUUUCUCACAGCAGAAUUCCAUCCUGCAGAUGGGCUGCUGAGGUGACACCCAGGGAUGGUGACAGACCUUCCCUUGGGACGGUGCUGCUCCUACAUGGGCUGGUGUUCUGUGCUCUCAACACCUAGUGCUUGCCAUGCUGGGAGAAGAUAWAAACCCUUUGAAAAAAUGUUCAGAAUAGUUGUGUCCCUACAGAUGAACACUGUAUUUUUAAGGAUUAAACUUUUUUAUGGGCAA